AUGUCAACGUUUUGGAAUGAAUAUUAUGACAGAUGGAAUGAAUAUAUAAGUGCGAAUUUGAAGAAAAUAGUUACAGAGUCAGACAGAGUUAAUGAUCAUGGCUUUGAUGAAGAAGAUGACUAUUACCCAUCAGAUAUUGCAACAGCUGUUGAAGUAGAUGGAAGAAAAGAGAAUUGUUUUAAUUGUUCUACAAAAGAGUGGUACUUAGGUUUAUUAGGGCUAGGAAGAAGAGGAAGAAUUACAGGAGGAGGGGCAAAGGUAGAAGCUACAUAUGGUGAUAGAGGAUUUUCAAGCAGUUUACUGGGUUAUGCUGCAUCACUAGUAAAGAGUAUGUAUAGGGAAUUAAAGAAAAGAUGUCGAGCACAUUUAGUUCAUGAGUUUAGAACAAGUAGAAUUUGUUUAUUAUGUGAAGGGUUGUUUGAAGGAUGUCAAUGA